AUGUGCUUCCCUCAAAGCCCAAACAAAGUGAGGACAGCUCCAUGCAAUCAACAACAGUCCUCGAGCUGGGUUCGGUAUUUUGCUGCGGAACAACAAAGCAGUAAGAGCAGAGAUGAGAGGAGGAGGUGUUUCUGCAGAUAGAGGGAACACAGAAGGAAGUAAGAUAUGAAGGGAAAUCAUAUCAAGAAAGAGAGAGGGACACACAGAGAGAAAAAUCACAGCCUGGACAAAGACGUUGCAUGCACGUCCACCCCCACACCAGCGGCCCCGGCUGCCAAUUCGCUGAGGGAGAGAACAGCUGCUGGGCUACUGGUUUUUUCAGUGUGUUGCACAGGAAAAUGUCACAGCAUAACACAUGGGCAGGGUGUGCAGGAAAUAAGUCACGAAAGACAACCUACAUCUGAAAAAUAGGAAGAGACUGUCGAGCUUGUGCCUGUGCAAGAGACAGUGCUGACAAUGCAAGAUACUCUGCUCCGAGUGUUUGUGGUCACUCUGAGUCUCAUGCGUCUCUGGGAUGACCCCGGGAUUGAGGAGGGGGACAAUAUCAUCUUGCAAAAGCAGGAAGAGUGGCUGCUGAGGGAAAGGGAGAAACUGGACCAGGAAAUAGCACCUGUCAAUCAGGAAAUGACACACACUGAUGAUAAAGGGCCUCUGGAUGAUGUAAUAAAUGUCAACAAAGAACAAAAUGAGGCUUCAGUCUCAAAAGAGUUUGACCAACGUGUUACUGAAAAAGAUAAAAUGCCAGAUGUGACUGACACCAACCAAGAUUCAGAGGAAGAUGAUGAACAUUUUAUGGAUAACAACAAUUCAAGUCUGCCAGAAAAGUCCAAAACUGACACUGAUCAAAAAGAUAUUCUCCAAGUAGAGGGCAGUUUACAACUGGACAUGAACAAUGACGUGUUCAGCUCCAAGCAACAAGAAGCACCUCUGUCCCACCACACCAAGACGUCAGACAAUGAAACUUCAGAGAAUGCGCUUUCUGACUGGGAGAAGGAUUACCUCUGGUACAUAUGGAACACACUUUCCAUUAUUUCCUUGAUCCGCUUCUUCAGGAAAUGCCUGAGGAGAAAUCCUCAAAUGAAACAAGAAGAUGCCAGGAACUUCCCAGUGCCGCUACCAGACAGCAACACUCUACAGCGUUUCUAUUCUAAAUGUAUUCAAGUCUCACUCGAUGAGAAGUGCAGAGAGGGUGAAUUUUUAGAGGGGUUUGUAGCAGACCUGCUGGAAUCGAUGAGGAGCAUCUGUGAUAGAAAUGGCGGUAUGCUGAUGGAGGACUUUCAGAUGGUGGAUGUGUGUGAUAUCAUUGUCACCUUCACCCCACCAGAGCCGUACAGCUUUCAGUGUCUGCUCAGUAACAACCAGGCUACUGACCUGCUGCCAGAUAGGCAAGUCUGUGGCCAAAUAAAGCUGGUGGAAAAUAAAAAAAUCCCAAAUGGCUGCCCCUGUCAGUCUUCAGAUGCAGACGAUGAUAUGGUUUGCCUGCUGCACUGCGAGAAUGAGAGGGUAAAGACAAAAAUCAUGGAUGUUUGUGAUGGUCCUCUUUGCAUGAAGAACUCCCCAUUCCUGUCAAAAUCCCAGGUUACCAGAUGGUUUCAGAGCACUAUAAGACAAGCAUGGACACUGAUUUCACACAAGUAUGAGUUUGAGCUCAACAUUCGCUACAUCGAUGCUCCUGGCGCUCUGGUAGUUCGAUUCAGAUCUGGCAAGAGGAUUUGCUUCAGUUUAAACCCUGUAGUUAAAUUCAACUCUGAUGCUCAUUUUUAUAUUACCCCUUACCUCCCUUCCAGCUUGGAUACAUUCUGGACACUCUCUCUGACCAUCUAUGAAGAUCGCUUCUUAGAACACAUCUCUAAACGGCUUCCUGAAAACUCAUGUCACAUUCAAACUCUUGACAUUGCACGUUUCCUUCACAAGAGACAAACAGCACUGUCAGGAAGUAGCUCUCUGAAGGAUUUUCAUUUCAAAACUGCACUAAUGCACCUGCUUUUGACCAAGGACCCAUCACACUGGAAACCAGAUAAUGUGGCUUGCACGCUACAAGACUUACUGGCCUUCAUACAGAGAAGCCUUGAGAAAAGGCUGCUGCACCACGUUCUUAUUGGGAACCCUUUAAAUCAAAGGGUAAUUCAACUCCCUACUGAGUUGACUCAUGUAAAGCCAGUGAAUCUCUUCCAUCCCCUUGUGGUACACAACUGCAUCUACAAAAAUGCUGUAAUGCAUUUCCAGGAGACUCUUAGAAAUGCAGACAUGCUGAUACAUGAUUAUGUUAAGUGUAUUGACAGGGCUAAUUGUGCAAUUUGAUUUUUUUU